GUCUCUCUCUCUCACACACACACCCCACACAGAGAAGACGCCCCCCCCUCGCUCCCGAGAUGUUCUCGCGGCGGGGCCACGCCGAUGUCAAGAAGUCCACCCAGAAAGCCCUGGACCCGCGGAAGGACGUCCUGACUCGCCUCAAGCACCUCAGGGCGGUGAUGGAUGCGGUGGAUGGAAGUGAACUGAAGCAGUUAUUUGAGAUUAACUAUUCUCAAAUUUACUUUAUCUUCUAUGAAAAUUUCAUAACAGUGGAAAGUAGCUUGAAACAGAAAGGGAAUAAAUCUCAACGGGAGGAGCUGGACUCCAUUCUCUUUCUUUUUGAAAAAAUAUUGCAACUGCUGCCAGAAAGAAUUUUCUAUCGAUGGCAUUUCCACAGCAUUGGAUCAAUCCUGAAGAAACUUUUGCACACUGCGAACUGUCUUAAGAUAAGAUGUGAAGGAAUCCGGUUAUUUCUUCUCUGGCUGCAAGCUCUCCAGACAAAUUGUGCAGAAGAACAGCUGUUAACUUUUGCUUGUCUCGUGCCUGGCUUUCCUGCAGUGAUGUCCUCAAGAGGUCCAUGUACACUGGAUACCAUCAUUAACCCUCCUUCCAGUUUUCCAGAUGCAAAGAUAUAUGCUGAAGAAAUUACACCACUUUUACCUCAUGCUUCUGGUGAAAAGGUUGCUGAAGACCCAACAUGCUACUUCCUUCAGAUACUGUUAAAAUAUAUGGUCAUCCAGGCUGCAAGCUUGGAAUGGAAGAAUAAGGAAAACUGUGAUACUGGAUUUAAGUUUCUUUUUGCCUUGUUCAGAAAAUAUUAUCUUCCUCAUUUAUUUCCCAGUUUUACAAAACUAACUAACGUCUACAAACCUGUGCUUGAUAUCCCUGGUCUGCGACCCAAGCCAACCUAUGUUAAUGUAUCUUGUAAUAGUGAAAAUAUUUAUAGCACAAAAAUACCGUACAUGACUGCUCGUGUAGCUUUUAUUAAAUGGCUUGUAAACUUUUUUCUGGAAAAAAAGUACUUCACGGCAACACAGAAUUUUAAAAAUGGAGGGGAUGUUUUGCCCAGGAUUAUUCAAACUGUGAGUGGUACAGUGCAAGAUAAAAAUCCUGAAGCAGAGAAUAGUAUUCCAUCAGACCAGGACAAAAAUCAUGCAAACAACAGCACAUUGACUGAGAGAAGGCUUAGUGAUUCCAGUUCUUGCAACAUUGAGGAACAACACCGGGCAGUAUAUGAAAUGGUGCAGCAGAUUCUCUUGUCUACACGAGGUUAUGUAAAUUUUGUCCAUGAAGUAUUUCGCCAGGCUUUUUUGCUGCCUUCAUCAGAGAUAUCUUCAAUUGAAAAAGUAGUGAAAGUAUAUAGAAAGUGGAUACUGCAAGACAGGCCUGUGUUCAUGGAAGAACCAGAUAUGAAAGAAGCAAUUCAAGAUGAUGAUGGCACUGCAAAUCUUUCUACAACAGAAUCAGAUGGCAAACAUCUUACAGCCGGCCAUUCAGGACAUAAAAGAUCCUCAAGUUGGGGAAGAACAUACUCCUUCUCCAGUGCUGUUAAUAGAGGAUGUAUAUUAGAAGAUGAAAACAAGAAUAUCAAAGCAGGUCUGCAAGCUACGUUACAGGUGUUCUUAACGAGUUCUGCUAAUGUAUUUCUAUUGGAACCGUGUAAUGAAAUACCUGCACUCUUGAAGGAGCAAAUUGAUGCAUGCAGAGCAGUUUUGAGUAUAUUUAGACGCAUGAUCAUGGAACUUGCAAUGGAUAAAAAGACCUGGGAACAGCUGUUGCAAAUACUCCUCAGGAUUACAGAAGCAGUCAUGAGCAAGUCUAAAGAGAACCAAACAAAGGAUGUGUUUGCUCAAAGUUUAGCAGGAUUACUAUUCCGGACUCUCAUUGUGGCUUGGAUCCGAGCUAAUCUGAGUGUUUAUAUCUCUCGAGAGCUCUGGGAUGAAUUGCUGCGUGUAUUGUCAUCUCUUACAGACUGGGAAGAACUGAUAACUGAAUGGGCUAACAUCAUGGAUUCCCUAACAUCUGUUUUAGCAAGAACCGUGUAUGGUGUUGAAAUGAACAAUUUGCCACUAGACAAACUAAGUGAGCAAAAAGAGAAAAUACAAAGAGCAAAAGGUGGCAUUUUGGAACCUCCGAAAGGAGCUGCAGUUGGAAGAUCAUUUUCUUUAAGCUGGAAAAAUCAUCCUGAAGUUGUGGAACCGAUGAGGUUUAGGAGUGCUACUACCUCCGGAGUACCAGGAGUUGAGAAAGCAAGGAAUGUAGUACGUCAGAGAGCAACAGAGGCUGAAGAAUAUCAGCAGUCAGAAAAUGGAACAGGAACAGAAUAUCAUGAACCAGAAAAUUUAGCCACAAUAGAAUGUAAAGGUCAAUUUUCAGACCAGGAGCAAUUAACUCGAAGCUGUAGUACCUCAGAUAUUAGAGACCAAUGCAGUUCUGAUUUUCAAGUUAGAAACACAGAAAGCUCACAGAACUUAACUUCAGAUUCCAGCUCUGUUCAAGAAACUGUGGAGAAUAUGGAUGAGCAAAGUACAGUCCAAGAAGCUAGCAAAAAUUCAACUGAAUUUGAUCUCCAAGAAGAUGGGCAGCAGUCACAUGGAAGCCACAGAGAAAGAGAAAUGAGUGAAAGCAGUGACACCUCAAUUGGAUACAAUAAUGAAGUGGACAUUUCUUUGGCUCCCUGCCAAACAAGUGAAGAAAACCAUGAUUCAGACCUUCCGACUGAGAUUUCUGUUGAUCCAGAUGGAUGUCACUGGUUGCAUUUGAAUCCUUCAGAUGCUACCAAUUUAACAGACAGCAGUGAAUUCCUUGCUGAUGACUGCAGUAUAAUUGCUGGUGGGAAUCUUAUAGGCUGGCAUCCUGACUCUGCUUCUGUGUUAUGGCGGAGAAUAUUGGGGAUUCUUGGAGAUGUGAACAACAUUGAGUCUCCUAAAAUACAUGCCAAGGUCUUUCAGUAUCUCUUUGAGCUGUGGUACAAAUUAGCUAAGAUAAGAGAAAAUCUUGCUAUCAGUUUGGAUAAUCAAUCCACUCCUGCUCCUCCUGUUUUAAUUCCACCACUCAGAAUAUUUGCAUCAGGGUUGUUCAAGGCUACAACCUUGCCGGAUGAAUAUAAGGAAGGGAAGCUCCAUGCAUACAAAUUGAUAUGUGCUAUGAUGACUAGGCGUCAAGAUUUUGUGCCAAAUCCUGACUACCUCGUGCAUUUUUAUCUUGUCAUGCACAUUGGAUUAACUAGCAAAGAUCAGGAUGUUUUAAAUAUUAUUAUAAGGCAUUGCCCCCCUUGCUUUUUCUUCUUGGGCUUACCUGGCUUCACAUUGCUAAUAGGAGACUUCAUAACAGCUGCAGCAAGGGUUCUGAGUACAAACAUGCCGGAGGCUCCCCGCUUAGAAGCACAUACUAUUCUUGGUUCUCUGGUUUGCUUUCCUAAUCUCUACCAAGAAAUCUCAUUGCUGCAAUCUGUUUCUGAAGCAGAAAUCAUCACAGGAACUGCUGAUGUCAAAUGUUACCUCAUAAACAUUCUUUUGAAGAAUGCCAUAAAUGAACCAACUGAAGCUUCAAGGUGUUUAUCUCUUUGCUGUCUUGGGCUUUGGAUAUGUGAAGAACUAGUCCAAUAUACAAACCAUCCUCAAGUAAAGGAAGCUAUAAAUGUUUUAGGUGUGACAUUAAAGUUUUCCAACAAGCAGGUAGCACAGGAAGCAUGUGAUGUUUUUCAGCUGCUGACAUCUUACUGGGAAAAACUACAAAAAUAUGAGUCUUCUCUACCCAGAAAAAUUAUUGAAAUCCUUGUUGCGACUAUCGCAUUUCUGUUGCCUAGUGCAGAACACUCCUCUGUAGAAAAUGAUAAAAAGUUUAUAGUUUCAUUAUUACUUUGUUUGAUGGACUGGUGCAUGACAUUACCAGUGAAAAUGUUGUUGGAGCCUGUAGUCUCUUCUAGUCUUGAAGAUCAACAUUCUUGUAAAGCUCCAUUGCUUGAUUACAUCUAUAGGGUCCUACACAGUUGUGUUCAUGGCUCUAACACUUAUACACAGCAAAGCCAUUAUCUUUUAAGCCUCGCAGACCUCUCUAGUGAUAUCUAUGAUCCAUUUUUGCCACUAGGAAAUGUCAGGAAUUCUGAACCCAUUCAGUUUCAGUCUUCUGCAGAGCUGAAUAAUUUGCUCACUGUUGCUGAAGAAAGGAGGAGGAGGAGUUUGGAGUUAAUCCCCUUGACUGCACGGAUGAUUAUGGCACAUCUGGUGAACAAUCUGGGCCAUUAUCCCUUGAGUGGAGGACCUGCUGUACUCCAUAGUCUUAUUAGUGAAAAUCAUGACAAUUCCUAUGUGGAGUCUUCUGAACUGUCUUCUGAAGUCUUCAGAAGUCCAAACUUACAGCUGUUUGUAUUUAAUGAUAGUACUCUGAUAUCUUAUCUUCAGAUUCCCUCAGAGAGGUGUGAAGAUAAUGAGCCAAGAGGAACAUUAUCUGAAGUAAGAGUAAUUGUUAGAGAUAUCUCAGGGAAGUAUUCGUGGGAUGGCAGACUGAUGCACGGGCCAUUAGCUGGUUGUCUGCCAAACCGAAACAGAAGAAAAUCCACUGCAGUUUUUGACAAUCAUAAACUGAACUCUGAGUCUCCAAUUAAUUUCAUUCAAAUCUGUGAAGGAGAAGACGCUCUUGAUAAAUUGCUUGAAAGGAUUGGAAGUACUAGUCCUGAGUGCCUUUUACGUCCACAAUUAAAAUUAAACGAGCCAUCACCAUCACCAUGUGUCAUGAGCCAUGACCAGGAGAAUGAUAUUCUACAGGCAAUUAUGCAACAGAGCUGCAUAGAAGAGGAGUAUGUACGUAGGUGCAGUUUGAAUCCUAGCAUGAAAGCUGAGAGUCAGAAGGCACCGAGACCUGCUCAGCUCCAAGCACCAUUUCAUAUAUGUAGGCUUUUGCUAAAUGACUUAGGGAUGAAUUCUUGGGAUAAAAGGAAAAGUUUUCAUCUGUUGAAGAAAAAUUCUAAAUUGUUAAGAGAGCUGAAAAAUCUGGACUCAAGGCAAUGCCGUGAAACUCACAAAAUAGCAGUAUUUUACAUUGCUGAAGGACAAGAAGAUAAGUGUUCAAUAUUGUCCAAUAUAAAAGGAAGCCAAGCAUAUGAAGACUUUGUUGCUGGACUAGGCUGGGAGGUUGAUCUUUCAACUCAUUGUGGAUUUAUGGGUGGUCUUCAGCGUAAUGGCAGCACAGGUCAAACAGCGCCUUACUAUGCUACCUCUACUGUGGAAGUAAUUUUCCAUGUGUCCACCCGCAUGCCCUCUGAUUCAGAUGAUUCACUAACCAAAAAGCUUCGUCACUUGGGAAAUGAUGAAAUUCAUGUUGUCUGGUCUGAACACACCAGAAAUUAUCGCAGAGGCAUUAUACCAACAGAUUUUGGAGAUGUUUUAAUUAUUAUUUAUCCAAUGAAGAAUCACAUGUUUUUCAUAGAGAUCAUGAAGAAACCAGAGGUGCCAUUAUUUGGUCCUUUGUUUGAUGGAGCAAUUGUGACUGCAGAACUGCUUCCAAAUCUUAUCCGAGCCACAUGCAUCAAUGCCAGCAGAGCUGUGAAGUCCCUUAUAACUCUGUAUCAGAGCUUUUAUGAGGAAAGAGCUCUGUAUCUUGAAGCAAUAAUCCAGAAUCACAAAGAAGUGAUGACGUUUGAGGAUUUUGCUACUCAGGUCUUCUCUCCCUCUCCCAGUAUGACCAAGCAGCAGCUGCUCAGAAAAGGAAAAUAUCUUGGGGUCAUUCCAGGCAAUAAAAAGCCAGUUCUUUUCUUGGUCCUUUAUUCAUCCUGGAGGCACUGCAGCAUCAGUAUCACUAUUCUUGUCUAUAUAUCAUGGAUUAAAAUAUGUAAAGAUCUCAUUACAGUAAUUGAGAAAGGCUGCCUCACUACAAGUCUGAGUGCUGACCUUGCCGCAUCUGUGGGGGCAGAGUCAGUGGAGCAGACAUCAGCAAUUCUAACAAGUGGCACAAGAAACAAGUUCUCUGGGAAGCUGCGCCGAUCAGCCAGUGCUCUCAGCAAAUCUUCAAACUGAAGCACUUUCAAAGUUGAGGACAAUUUAAGGAACAUCAUUUAAACUCUCUUCUCAUGUUAAAUCAUUUACUAUAUCAGCAGAACUGGUCUUUUUUAGAGACUUCAUAAUGAAGUACUUUUUGCUAUAAAAUCAUAGUUACUGAAGCUUAAGAUCUUCAAAUUGAUCACCUGAAUUAUGCAACAUACCUCCCACUUGAUCAUUUCUGCCACUGGAGUAAUGUAAACAAGAUGUAUUUUUGCAAGGUUGUGUAACUGUGAUAAGUUCCUUAUUUUCUUAUUGUACUGUAGCGAUUAUCACACAUUAAUGGACAAAGAUGGAAAACAAUAACUGAAAACCAACUAAUUUCCUCACUGAAUGUGACUUCUAUAAUUUAAAUAUAAUUUAAAGUUUAGGAUAUGGAAUCUUUUCUCAGUUUAGUUAUUAAGCCCAAGAGAGGCACUUUUGAAUCCCACUGAUGCCAGCUCAAUUAUGCCUACACUACUUAAAAUAUGGGUGAAUUGUGCUUUUUUAUUAUGCUUUUUUAUCACCUCUCCAAAUAUUUUAUUUCUGUUAUUUAUUUUCAAAAUCAUUCUGUGUGCAUUUAACUAAGAAGGCUUUACUCUUCUGAUGUGCUUAUAGAAGAAAAGUCCUGUUAGAUAAAUCAAAUGGCAAAGACUUAUUGUAAACUGCUUAGUUAAAUUUUUAUUUCGUAUACAAAGCAUUAUAUUACUACCGUCUUUAAACCUUACUCUGUGUAACUUAAAAAUGGCACAUGCCAACUCAGAGGUCUUAUUUCUUGAUUUCCUUUGUGAUAAAACUGGACCAAAAUUACUUCAUGAUUGACUAUAUGAUGUGGUUUGAUCGUGUUCAGAAGCACUUGCUAUUUGAUUAAUAUAGCAUGUCUGUUCAGUUGACUAUCUGGGGAGACAGAGAUCAACAUAAUGAGUGACAUAAAAUCAAUCCAUAACACCUAUGCACAUAGCAUAAAUAUAAUGCUGGUUAACGGUCCUGGCAUGUAUUUUAUAUGUGCAGCAGGGUAUAGAAGCCACGUUCACACUCACAUCAUUUCAGUGUGGUCUAGAACCAGUAGGCCUUGCCUAAUGAGUUAAGAUUCAUCUCUGGUUUUUUGCAAUACAUUAAAAGAUGACACAUGAGCCUGCUGAAUGUAUGAAAUACUUAUCAGUAUGAAUUACAUGCCACAGUGGACCACCUGUCUUCAUAAGCUGUGGAAUAGCCUGAAACUGUGAGAAGGAGACCAGUCACACUCAUCUUUCCCACUCACUUGUGGCUCAGCCAAUUAAGCUGAAAAGGUACAUGCAAUUGUCCUCACCCACAUUGCCCAGGUUUUCAAAGAUUAUAAAAAUGGCUUAAAAGGCUCCCUUAUCAUUACACUAACAAAUUAAGAUGCCCUUUGUUUUCAGGCAUAUUUAUCUGAAUAUAGGUAUUGUCUGUUCCUUAAAGGUUAGAUGUUGCCAUGUAUGAUUAGAUGUGGAUUGUUUAAUUUUCACCAGCUGUUUUACUGGCCAUUGAUUUCAUUUUGCUGCCCUUAGUUUGGUUUGGGGAAAUGUUACUGUAGAUUCUGCUUAUAAUUAUUGUUGCUGAUAGCCAAUCUCUUUUUGUAUGGGAGUAGAGGAAAAAUCUAAAACAUACUGUGAUUUAAAUGAGAUAAGGCAACAUGACACAUUGCCCCAACUCUACUUUCUAGGUGUGCAUAUAGCCAUGUUUUCAACUGAAUCUAUUGUUGAAGAAUUUGGAAACUAUGUUAUCUUACCUUUGGGGAUAUAGGGUUAUGUUUCAAAUGGGUCUGCUGCAAUCAUUGGAACUAUGUUUAUUGUGACGGACAAAAUCCUAUUACUUAUGCCUGGUAGCAUAAGUAAAUUUCAGCAGUGAACUGCUGCUACUUACAUCUAUGCUUGCAUUUAUUGUAACACACCAGUCACAUGACUGGGUGAAUAACAAGAAGUACAAACUUCAUCUUCUUCCAUGGCAGCAAUUUGCCAUUAAAAUUUAUGCCAUUGGACUUAUGCCUUAAAUAAGUAAUAGGAUUCUGGCAGAUCAACCUAAAUCCUGUUGAUUUUAAUGGGCCUCCUCCGAGUGUGACAGAAACUUGAUCCAAUCCAUUAAGCACUAAUCUAAAUGUCUUGCACAACCAAAACGACUUGGUGAUUAAGAUGAAUCAAGAAGAAUGCAUUUGAAAAAAA